ACAUUGGGGGUCUGGGCGUUAUGUUGUUUUAAGGACUUAGGGAUAUUUAUAUUGAUGACUAGGUUUCAACUGUUUGGUUGGGUUUGGGGGUCGUUGUUUUUAUGGGGGUGGGGCGUGACUUUACGUUUUUCGUGGAAAUGUUGUUUAGCAGGGGGCUAGUUUCGCGUUUCUAUGGAAUUAGAAUCUAAUUAAGUUUGUGGACAACGUGUAUUGUGACGUAACAAAGUUGAACUUCGCGUCACCAUUGUUAUGAAAUGAUUUCGAAGAAUCGAAAUUCUAAAUUGCAUUUAAUUGUUUAAAAACAAACUUUCCCAAAAAUUAUUGCGAAAACAAUGACUUAUUCUUAAACGUCAGGUCACGUUAUGAAAAAAAUCGAGAUUUAGCGAAAAAUGUCAUUUUAUUGUGACGCUACAGCAGAAGCUACGCACGCGACGUCGUCCACGGAUCACGUGCACCAAACCCACUGUGACGUAAUAAACCACGUUGUGGGGAGACAAUGGUUUUGCAGCAAUUGUAAUGUCACGUUGAUGUAAUAAACGGACCGCGGUAGACACGAUUUACGAAAAUUUUCGAACUUUCAAUUUAAGUGGGUCGCUGUAAUAGCGGGGUUGUAAUAAUGGGGAAUAUGACGUCAUCGCUUCAUAAAAACACAGUAAUGCCGAAAAAUAAACCGUGGGAAAGUUGACCAAGUAUUUAUAGAAUCCGGAAACACUGGUGUUAAGCGCCGAGGUUUAAAUUUAACCGGGAAGGGAGAGGUGGGCACUUGACCCCCGAAGGUCAAACAAUAUUUCCGGUUCAAAUCUUUCGGAAAUUUUCGUGAAACUUCGCGGAAUAAAUAGAAACAAUAUGUCAGUCGUCUGUAACAACGCAAAUGUUGCCGGCAAUUCGUUUCCGGUAUAUCGCGAGCGGAUUCUCCCUACUAUGACGUAACAAACCACACACAAUAGAAUGGAAUGUUAAGCAAUGUAAUAUUUUUAUGUGACGUAACAAUCAACUAGCAACGUAACAAUCAACGCCGACGCUGAACAAACAGAUAUAAAUUCAGGGCGGUUCCAUGUGCUACGCAUGACAUGAGAAUUAAUUCCUAGAUUUACUAAAAAUUGAGCCAAGUGUUAUCAGUAACACUUGGAGUAUUCAAACAAAAUCCCACCUAGUCUAACAACACCAACGAUAUAUUUCGCCAAUAACCAUCAUCAUCAGACCCCUAUCCAACUAAUGGUGUGCCAAAGAUUUCAGUUUCGCUAUUUAUAAUUUUACUAUUAACCAGUAUUACAGUCUCCUAUUCAAAUAGACUUAAAAUACUGGAAUUACUUUUUCAGUUUCCUUCUAUUUAUAAAUAGAAUAAGUGACUGAAUGGAAACUUUAUUGAAAUGGGUUCAAAUUGAAUUAAUACGUAAUAUAAAUAGAACGAAAUUGAAAAUAUAAUGUCAGUAUUUUAGUUCUAUGAGAGUGGUGAUGCUAGUUAUUGCCGAAAUUUAUAAAUAGAACGAAACUGAAAUCUUUGGUACACCAUUUAAUUUGUUGUAUACUUUGUAACACUUGUUGUAUUUUGUUAUGAUGCCAAGAGAAUCGUUCAACAAUAUGAGUGCUAGAUUAGGGCCAGUUUACCAAACAUAUAGUAACCACCAUAAAAGUUUCCAAAACGUUAAAAAUGCGAGCUACGAAAUAUUACCCAGUCUCUUUGUCCCCACCUAGCGACCAUGGUUACGUUACUGUUUACACAAGCUUCAUCUGCGGUCAUCUGGCAAUUCAACAAAAAAGGCGGCGUGACUAUUUAAGCUGCAGGCGUAGCUGUGGAACUCAUAAGCGACGACAAGUUAAGGCGAAGUUAGAGUUUAAAAACGAAAAAAAUGCAGAAAAUUAUUUUAUUCUUUCUGGUUUCGAUACUCGUUGUUUGUGAGGCGGGCAAAUGUAGUAUCGGGCAACGAGAAGCGAGGAAGCGACAAACAUCAAGAAUGUCCAACUUACAACAAACACACGUUGUUGUGGAUGCGAAAUAUAUCGGUAGAUUCGACGACGGUUUCAGGUUCGUUGUUCAGCAAACAUGGUCGAAACAUAACGGAGGUUUGCACGUCAUGGAUGAGUUCACCGGCCAAUCAAACGACAAGAAGAUAAACACGUGUUUCGAGGAGUUACGCAUGGGCGACGCUUACAUUUUGAUGCUCGAGCCAGUCUCGGGUGGGGGAAUUCCCCUGUAUGACAUCAUUGAACCGGCUGUUGCGUCACGAAAGCAGAAACAUAGACAUCGUAUAUACGAAAGCUUGUGUGAAGAAGUCGACGGGGUCUGCCGCAUGCGAAUUAAUAUGCCGGCCAGAGGUAUUUUCUACAGAAACUCGAUGAUGAUUCUACAAUGUGCCGUUGAAUCGGUGUCGGAAGUGACGUCAGUCACGUGGUACAAGGACGGAAGUGAGGUCAAUACCCCGAUCUACAGAAAGGCUGGGUUGUUUGUGCAGGAAAACUCAUUAUACGACAGCAUCGUAGUGAUCACCACAGCAAGUCAAGUCCAUAACGGCAGAUACGAGUGCGUGGCUGAGAACGCAGCCGGCCAAAGUGCUACAGGCACCACUGCUGUGGUUGUAUUGGGGCCGAACCUGGAGUCGCAUUUCACCACGUGUCCUGAACCUGGGCAUUGCAUGAAUGGCGGGACGUGUCGCGUGUUUAUUGGUGACGUCACAGAGCCCCUUUGUGAGUGCCCGGGUGGGUAUUUAGGUGAGAGAUGCGAGGUCACCGAUGAAGACUUCACCAUCGGGGGGCCAAUGGGGGUGGGAUCGGCUAAAGAUAUGAAAGAACAAUUGUCCAAGAUGACGAUAACUGUCAUUGUGAUGUCAGCAUCGCUUGUUUGUGUCGUCAUAUUCGCUACUGUCUACGUCACAUACAUGCGAAGAAAGCUUGCCCCGCAGAAAGUUUUGUGGAAAAGUGCGGAGUUGAAAAGUGAGGCAACGGAACUGAACGCAGCGAAACGAAGCGAAUCGAUGAAGUCUAACAACGACAUUGAAAGCGGUGGGCGGCCAAAGUUGCAACGGUCGUUCGGCCAAAUAGACAGAAGAUCAAACAUAACAGACUCUCGCCCUGCUAGUACACUAAGUUUUUCAACGCGUCCCCGUUUAUCUGGUAGUUCUUGAAUUCUUCAAGUUACUUCAAUAUAUUUGCACUAUUCCUUUAUUAUUACAUCAUAAUACACCACUGUUACGCCACUGCCCAUUCAUAAAAACAUUACUAUUUAUUAUCUUUUGCAUUUAUCGCUGUUUACCGACAAAUAUAUAUGAAAACAAAA